UGUAAUACCACAGACCUCAUCAGCGCCAAGUCAGGAAAGCAAGCUGCUGUAAACGUAUUUCUGCAAUGCUGUUAAAGCGAUCCGAUGUAGCAUUUGUACCUUAAAAUAACAGCUUGGAAAAAAUUGAGCGGCUAGAAUGACUUUGAAUAUGACGAUUUGCCUCUCUUUCAUGCCCAUCGGGGGUCUGAGGUGAGAUAACUGCGCUAUGUAACUUUGCUAGACCGGGCCGGGAGAUGAGCGGAAGUACUUCGACUUGCUUUCUGGCACACCUACCGCAAUAACAAAUAGACCCCCUCCACGCACCCAGGUAUAAGGAGAAGCAAGCGCAGCAUUGUCAGUACAUCAUCAUGGCAGAGGCACCGAAGACAAAGAAGACGUUGACUGAUGAAGCAAGGAAGAGAAAGAGAGAGGCCGACAAAGUUAGAGACCGGACUAGAGUUGCUCUCGGAACAGUUUAUACACGUUGGCGAGAUCUGAAAGAAACAUUUGGGUACAAGUUUGAUUCAGAGCUGGCCACCUUUCUGCUGGAUUACUAUCAAAAGCGGCAAGUAACGUCUACACCCAGCAAGGGACAUGCUCAACCACCACCACCGCCUGUAUCAAGUAUUUCAGAAGAGUCCGACCGAGAUGGGGACAAAGAAUUUUCUGUGCAAGGUGUUCAACCGUUGGGCAAAGAAACAGAAGAGGUCGGUGUGUUGGAAUCCAGCAUGCACUCCCUGAGCAUUGCUGAAGAAGAGCAGCAUGACUCUCUGGAUGAGGAGGAGGCGAAUGAUCUGAGGAAUAGCAUUAUUGACAUGGAUGAUGGCUGGGAGGUUCCUGGUCAGGAGAGCUUGGAAGAAGAUGAGGACAGCUCUGAUGAAGACUAUAUUCCUUUUCUACAUGUUUUUUUAACAUUGAACAUAAAUAAGAAUGGUAUCAAAACUAUUUACACAUCUACAUUAAUCGUCGCACCCUGAAGCCAACAUAUUGACCUAAGGGGUCAGGAAAUGUAGUUCUUAUUUUCCAAACACAGCAGCUUGGAAUGACAACUCUAUUGCCCUCACCCAAGCGUCCAUGCUGCCACAGGACAAAUUGGCGGUAUGCCGCAUGCCUGUACUGGCGCUGCUCCACCCCUGGUUCCUGUUCGUCAUCUAUGGCAAAGACAUCGUUCCAUGCCGCACGGGCCAGCCUUAGGACACCCAUAUCAAGUAUGAAAAAUUCCAUGUGUGCCAUGGUGCUAACACAAUUUUGGGGGGUCUGGCGGCAGCAGAGCCUUUCCAUGUCAGUUGUCAUCUCCCUGCAGUAAGUGCAGGUGCACCAAUGUAAAGGCCCCCCAUCUGGCACAUCAGGCCUUUGGGGAACCUCUUGCAAUGACAAGAUGUCAAACAUGAGGCCCGGCAGUCUGGACAUCACUCUUUCCAGAAGAGCAUCUUUUUGGAGGUUGCUCCUGCAGCCUUCCCAGGUCUUCUGGGUCGACAUCUCUGACCCUAGAUUUAGUGACUGUGGACUCUCAGAGACUCACUGUGAAGUCGUGGCCUCAGCUCUGAAGUCUGACCCCUCCCAUCUGAGAGAUCUGGACCUGAGUGAGAACAAGCUGCAGGAUUCAGGAGUGGAGCUGCUGAGUUCUGGACUGAGGAGUCCACACUGCAGACUGGAGGCUCUCAGACUGGAGCGCUGCAGUCUGUCACAGAUCAGCUGUGCUGCUCUGAUCUCAGCUCUGAAGUCCAACCCCUCCCAUCUGAGAGUUCUGGACCUGAGUAACAACCCUCUGCAGGAUUCAGGAGUGGAGCUGCUGAGAGGUCUUCUGGAGAGUCCUCUCUGCAGACUGCAGACUCUCAGACUGAAGAACUGCAGUCUGUCAGAGAUCAGCUGUGCUGCUCUGGCCUCAGCUCUGAAGUCCAACCCCUCCCAUCUGAGAGAUCUGGACCUGAGUAACAACACAAUGCUGGAUUCAGGAGUGGAGCUGCUGAGAGGUCUUCUGGAGAGUCCUCACUGCAGACUGGAGACCCUCAGGAUCAGAGGAGAGACGAUCACAGCCACGACCCAGAAGAACUGCGAGUCCUGAAACCAGAUCCAGAUAUGACACUCUUUAGUGCAGCAUGUCCCCGCGUUCUCCCUGUGAUCCAAGCACUGCUGUCUUGGGGACGCUCUGAAAGUCUUUGAGGACAAAAUCAGGAAAAGGCCAAGAAGAAGAAAUAUUUGAGACUCUUGGACUGCUUUGUGUUUCUCACCCUGGUUCAUUAUUGUCCAAUCAAACGUCUCCGUUGAUUUCUACACGGAACCCGUCCGUAUGACCCAGGUCCAGAUCAGAGACAGUACACCUCACUGAUGGCUGCAGGAUCCAACCGGUCCAGAUCAGAGACAGUACACCUCACCGAUGGCUGCAGGAUCCAACCGGUGACCGAACGCAAAGAGAAAAUAAAUGUUGAAAAAAUAAAAUUUAAAAAAUGACAAAAAAAAAUGAAUUAAAAUAUUAAUUUAGUUUAAAAACAGUAAAAUAAAAAUCCAUUUUUGGCUGUACAGACAGACAGACAGACAGACAGACAGACAGACAGACAGACAGACGCGUUCAGGAGAAUCGUGUUAGAAACCAAUAAAUCCUGAGUGCAGACUAUCAGACACAGAGCCCCCAGGCACAGACAUGAACCCCCCGCCCCCCCCUCACUGUCUGCAACAACACAGACUGAACCCCCCCCCCCCCCUCACUGUCUGCAACAACACAGACUGAGCCCCCCCCCCCCCACACACACAGACUGUUGUUUUGGUUCUUUGAAGCUGGUUGUUCACCGUUCUGUCUGAUGUUGUUUCUGGUCUCUCAUUGGUCAGUCUGCGUCUGUAGCUGCUCGGCCUCUGUUAGUCACUGCUCAUCUUUUAGUUGGAUCUUUCGUCCCAUUGCAGUCAUUCUAGAGUUGUUUUGAAUCUCCUGAGGAAUCUUUAGUUUGUAGGAGGUAUUUUCUCUCCCAUGACCCUUGUGUCUGUACCUGCCUGUUCCUGUCCGUCCGCCUGUCUGCUCCUGCUCCCCCUGUGUCCCCUGGUUAGUGUAGGUGAGGUGUUCCUUGUUUGAAAGUUCAGCUUUGAUUUGAAUAAAGCUCGCCUUUUGUUUGGA